AUGUCAUCCUGGUUUCUUACGAGCUUAUUCAUAAAAAGGAUCCUGCUGCUGGUCAGAAAAUCAAGCAGAGGAAUAAAAGUAUAUUCUAACCUACGAGGAGGCUGGGCACGUCUUCUAACCCGCAGCAGACUGUAUAGGCAGCGGGAGCGCCAAUCCAGACCAUGGGCGCAGCUUGGUCGAGCUAUAACGAGUGCAUCUGAUUCCAACUCAUCAAGAAUAAGGGGCAUUGUCGUGGUUGUUGCUGAAGGUGUUGGUCAGGAGCUGAUUGCUGGGACUGAUGACAAGAACGGAGAGCAGGAUGAGAAAAAGAUGCACGGCCAGGUUUCUCAUCAUGAUAACCAUGUUUUUAAACUUGCUAAAAAAAUACAACCAUGCCAACUUUACUCUCUCAUCAUAGUGGCCAUAUUUUCAAACUGAACAUAUUCAUAUUAUGCAAAGUUUCCCUUUUCCUAGACUAUUAUUUAACA